AUGGAAACUUUUCGACGAUGGUGUUCUCCGUAUGCUCUACUCGUGAGAGGUAAUGUUGCCACUGUCGAGAUCUCUGCUCAGAACAUAACUGUUGCCGCCGGAGAAAAGGCCACCUUUGUCGUCACCUUCACCGAGCCAGCUGUUAUUAAUGCCAACAUGCUGCCCAUCUAUGGCGGUGCGAUCCUUAUUCUCGGCGAUAACUUUGAACAGGUUCGCGUGACUUAUAUGGGUGUCAAAGGUGAUAUCUACGCUAGCAAUGCCUGGCCGUCAGGUGUUCCUAUCCUACUUAGUGACUAUGGUGGCUACAUGGAGGAGGGUCAUGUGUACGAUAUGGAAGUUGACACUUUCGCCCCAUACUACAACCUUCUUUGGUCAACGCGAGAAUUGAGCAUGGAUUGGGUUACCCCUGACUUUAUGCUUAGCGAUGAUUGGCAGUAUCCCCCCGUUGCAGGAGAAAAGAACUGGGUCGGCUCGGUUAUGCUGCGACCCACCGGAUUAGACGGUACCAUUGUUCCAGACGGCGACUACAAAAUCUUGUUGCGCACACUCCGCACUUUUGGAGACCGCCACAACCCCAAUGACUGGGAGACUGCCAUCACCCCGUGGUUCCGUGUCGCUGGAAAGAACGUGUCUACCACCACCAGCUCCACGGUUGUCCCAACGUCGAGUUCCACGUCAACAUCUUCCACCGUUUCAGCAACUCACACAUGUGAUGCCACUCCUCUCAACAUCGUUGCCCACGUGAGAGGCGAAACACGUAACCUUACCUUGAGCCAAAACUUCCUCGCCGUCGACAUCCCGGGUGCCACGGUAGUCCAGUAUCUUGACUUUGCCAUGACCGGGGAAGGCUUCCUGCGCACAAGUAUCAACGGCUACACCACCAACCGAUUCGCAGCCGCCCUCACCACGACGCAGAACAACUUAAUUUACAUCUUCCAACCUUCACUGAUCACCGGCAACUGGAAACACCUGAUCUGCAACAUCACCGCAAACGGCACGCUCGACUGCACCGUCAAUGGUAGCGACAAAUCAAUCUUGCAAAUCUGCAGUGGUGAAUUUAUCCGAAUCGCUUCGGAGGUAGUAUCCGGCUGCGAUGUCGUCCAGCUCGACGCCACGCCCAAUCCAGAUCCCUUCUGCAACUCUGCCAGCUCGUCCCCCACCUUCACCAUUUCCACCGCCCAGGUAACCACCACCAGCAGCAGUUCCGUGCGUGCCACAACCACCAGAUGCAACGCCAACAACUGCGCCCGUGCCGUAACUGGUACGCUCGCUAACGGUUCCCUGCGCUACCCAGCCGCCAGAACCGACUGCUCAAGCUAUCUUGCUGUCACCGAGUUUGUCACCUCCGGCAUUACCGUCCUGCCCAAGCGCACCGCCGCACCGGUCAUCGAGGAGCGACAGAUCGAGAAGCCCAUCCCCACCUAUGCCUCUGCAUGCACCUCGCCAAAUGCCUACAGCAGUAUCUGUAAUUGCUGGGGUGUCGUUGCUGAGACGACCACGAUCACGGUCGCUCCACCUAUGUAA